AUGGAGCCGGAGUUCUGCUACGGGAAUAGCUCGUGUGUGAGGACGGUCUACCCGGUCGCUGUUCGCAUCACCCUCUACUUCGUCCUGGGGUCUGCGGUGGUCCUCACGGUGCUGGGUAACCUCUUGGUGAUCGUGGCUAUUUCUCACUUCAAGCAACUCCACACGCCCACCAACUACCUGACCUUAUCUCUGGCCAUGUCCGACCUUCUCCUGGGGGUGCUGGUCAUGUUCCCUGGCAUGAUUCGCUCUGUCGAGACCUGCUGGUACUUCGGGGAGAUGUUAUGCAAGCUCUUCAUUAGCUCAGACGUCUUGCUGUGUACCGCGUCCAUCUUGAACCUGUCCUUUAUAUCCAUCGACCGAUAUUAUGCCGUGUGCCACCCUAUGCUCUACCCCCGUAAGAUAACCGUUCACACAGCAGUCAUCAUGAUCCUGGUCACGUGGUGUGUCUCUGCUGUGGUCGGUUUUGGGAUGAUCUUCCUUGAGCUGAAUAUUUUGGGAAUUGAGGAAUUCUACUAUAACAAUGUGCCAUGUGAUGGAGGGUGCGUUUUGUUUCAGAGUGGGGUGUCCAGCACUGUGUCAUCCAUUCUAUCCUUCUACCUCCCCGGGGUCAUCAUGAUGGGCAUCUAUCUGAAGAUCUACAUGGUUGCCCAGAGACACGUGCGCACCAUAGGCGUACAGAACACCAGCUCCUCCAAGGUGGACAAGCACCAGAGGAAAGCCACCAAAACACUGGCCAUCAUCAUGGGCGUGUUUCUGUCCUUCUGGACGCCGUUCUUCAUCUGUAACAUCAUUGACCCCUUCAUCGGCUACUCCGUUCCACCCAUUUUAUUCGACACACUCGUGUGGCUGGGGUAUCUGAAUUCCACCAUUAACCCGUUGGUGUACGCCUUCUUUUACAGUUGGUUCAGGAAGGCAUUUCAAAUUAUCGUUUAUGGUAGCAUCUUUCGGUCUGACAUGUCGGACACAAAAUUGUUUGCAGAGUGA